UGUCCGUCUCCUCCUGUUUUGUUCAGUACGGGGGAGUCAAACACUGCGGCUUCAGCGGCGAUGCACGGCCAGAUGCUCCACGGCGCCAAAGUCUACGGCGCGCCGCGCUAUGACGCCGGCCGCGUCCUGGUACAGACUUUGAGCCCGCAGAUGGGCCAGCGUGCUUUGUCUAGAGGCCUUUCGAAAGUGUCCGACCAGGACUACGGAGAGGGCGUGGAGGUGCACAUCGCGGACAAGUGCUUCGUGUGUUUGUCCGCCCUGGGCCGGGGCUCCUACGGCGAGGUCUGGCGCGCCAAGGUGGUGACUGGGGCCUCGGAGAAGGAGGUGGCCCUUAAGGAGGUGCUGUGCCGGUCCCAGGGGGAGCUGCAGCAGGCCAUCUUCGAGGUGCAGGUGCUGUUGGCGCUGGAGCGCGAUGCCUCCCCCCUGCGGGUGCCGCGGUGCAUCUGCUACAAGGUGGCCAGCUGCGUGCAGGGCUGGCGGGUGCGCACCGCCAUGACGGUGGCGCCCGGGGAGUCCUUGGACUACUACAUCCGGCGCCCAAAUUUGCACGGCUUUGCGAUGUCCUUGCGCCGGGCGCUGGCGUUGGUGGCGAAUUUGCUGCGGGACAUCGGUCCGGCGCUGCAGCGGCUAGGGCCAAUCGCCUGGCACCGUGACGUGAACUCCCACAACAUCCUGAUCGACGGGGCUCCCGACGAGGCGGAUGAGGUGUACCUGUCUGCCAACUCGACCUUUUGGCUAAUCGACUUCGGCUUGGCGGUAGAUUCCCAAAGUUGGGUCUCCGAGAACGGCAAGUGGAGGACGGAGUACAUCGGGGGGGACAGCCGGUACUGGCCCCCCAGCAGUUGGAUCAUGCACCUGGUGGGCCCCGAGGGCUUCGAUGAUCAGCCGGAGCUGUGCCAACAGUACCAGCGGCGUCUGGACAUCCACGGGCUGGGCAUCACGGCUUUGGAGCUGCUGUGCUCCGUGGCGAUGCCCGAGUGCGCGGAGGAGCGCGAGCUGCAGCCCUGGACCCCCAUCUUCCGCGCCUGGCAGAACUACCGCGAGGUGGUGUGGCAGUGGUGGUCCCUGGUCUACGAGGUCUUCAGUCGUGGCGGGGACCUGGCACCGGUGCAGGCGCAGCUGGUCGAGGAGCGCCUGGUGGAUCGCCUGCUGGAGCUGCUGCGCAGCUGCCGCCAGGCGCUGCGCGGCACCGCCGCCAGCUGUGGCGACCCCAGCGCCCAGAGGCUCUUGCUGAUGAUCGCCGACAUGCUAGAUGAGGGGAAGGACUUCGACCUGCAGGAGAUCCAAAGGCUGCUGGGCCCACAGCGUAAGGCCAAGGCGAAGGAGGGCCCUUCGGAGGCCGAGCAGCUGUCGGCCAUCCUUCCGGGCUACGAAACCUUGAUGCAGCGCAUGCAGAGCCUUCACAAGCUGAAGACCACGCCGCCGGCUGCGGACGCGGCGUUGGAGCAGAAGCUGGGCCAACUGCGGCGGCAGGUGGUGGGCAAGGCGCGGUGGCGGCUCCUGGAGCUCGCGCAAAAGCGCAAGGCGAGCGUUUCGAGCAAAGCGCUGAGCGGGAUGAGCACGCCGCCAGGGGGCCGUCCUUAGCGAGAGAUGCAUUGCGAUGCGAAUGCUCUGUCCCUCGACAGGGCACGACUCGCAGGUCCCGCUUUCGUCACAGCCCCUUGAUUCGUGCGGCGGGGGGAAGGAAAGCUCGAAGGCCUU